CAGGCGUCCGCACCACCCAAGUACUAGACACAACAUGCUCAUUCACCCCAAACGCCGAAGAACUACCACCACCCCCAUUGUAAGCCUGGCUGCUUACCGGAACAUGUCCUGCCGGCGCAGAUGCCGACGCCGACGCCGAGUCCGUCUUGCAGUUACAGGUGGUGCUUGUUUCUGUGAUGAACUCGGUAAUCACUUUGGGUGCGUCUGUGGGAGUCGGAGUUGGUGUGCGCUGGUUAUCGUCGCUGUUGGCUUCAUCCACGCGCAUCAUGGGGUGGCUGGCUCGCAUGGGUCCAUUGACAAUUCUUUGGGUUGGGAGGGCCAUUAUGUUCUUAUAUUGCGGACUACUAGGACCCUGACCCUGACUCUGACCCUG